UUGGCUGGUUUCAAUUUUGUUAAUAUUGAAAUUCAAACUGUGAUUUCUGACGAUCUGAUUUUAAUGUGGCUCUGCUGGUUUUUAGCCUGCUGCCUGGCAGCACGGCAGGAUGAAGACUUAAAAAAAAUUAAGAGAUGCGUCCAAAGAUAUGGACUGGUGGAACUAAAAAGAGAACUGAGGGCUUUGGGAGUUAAUAUUGACGUGAACGUGGAUGAGACUAAAAAGAAAACCAAAAAGAAACUCCAAAAGCUCCUCAUAAAGGAGCUGAAGAAGAUCGAGGAGGACAAAAAAGGACUGGAAAAUAGGGCUUAUAACGACUACACUAUGCCCAUGGAUACCCCUGAAUACAUUCUAUCUGCCCUCAAUGAACUGGAGGCUUUGAUAGUUUACAUUGAUGAUGACGUGGAUGAAGCUCAAAGGAAAUACAAAAGGAAGAAGGAACUACAAAAUUUCCUAAUAAAUGAGCUAAAGGAAGUCGAGCACGGCAAAACUGACCUGGACAACCAAGAUUACAAAGAGACAUCAACUAUUCCGAUGGAGAUCCCUGAAUCAGAGAGAAAUGAAGGAGAAGCCGUGCUGGACAGUCUCCUAUAUAAAGUGGACUCGACUCUGGAUGGACGAAUGAAAAGGAAGAGAAAGAGAGAGCAUGGAGGCUGGACGCUGGAGGCAGGAAAGAGGAGGCGGAGUGAGAGGCCUGUUUCUGGAGUGCCCUACAGAUUCACAAACGCUCCGUCCCUAGGAGGAGGUUUUGUGUGGUAGGACAGCAGCAGACGGGACAGACAAGGACGAGGACCAUCAUCAACAAUUAAUAAAA